GGAUGAAGCGACUGUUAUCUCAGGGACAAACCUUGCUAACCAGGUGUUGAAAGAAGUUCAGAGGGAUGUAGAAUCCUGGAUAUCCACUGGAAACAAGAGACCUCACCUCACUGUCAUAUUAGUUGGAGACAAUCCAGCUAGCCAUAUCUAUGUCAGGAACAAGAUAAAAGCAGCUGCAGCUGUAGGCAUUUCUAGUGAGAUCAUACUGAGGCCUAAAGACAUUUCUCAGGAAGAGCUCUUGGAUAUGACAGAAAAACUCAACAAGGAUUCAAGAGUUAGUGGGUUACUAGUUCAGCUACCUCUCCCAGAUCACAUAGAUGAGCGGACGGUGUGUAACGCCAUCGCCCCCGAGAAGGAUGUGGAUGGAUUCCACCUGGUGAACAUCGGCCGCCUGUGCCUCGAUCAGCCUUCCAUAAUCCCUGCCACUGCCGCUGCCGUGUGGGAGAUCAUCCGACGCACAGGAAUACAAACAUUUGGAAAAAAUGUCGUUGUAGCUGGAAGAUCUAAGAAUGUGGGAAUGCCUAUUUCCAUGCUUUUACAUACUGAUGGAGAGCAUGAAAGGCCUGGAGGUGAUGCCACAGUGACCAUCACUCACAGAUACACCCCAAAAGAGCAGCUCAAGAUCCAUACGCAGCUUGCUGACAUAGUAAUAGUGGCUGCUGGUAUCCCAAAGCUGAUUACAGCUGAUAUGGUCAAAGAAGGUGCAGCUGUGAUUGACGUAGGCAUCAACCAUAUCCAUGAUCCUCUCACAGGAAAAACCAAAUUAAUUGGGGAUGUGGACUUUGAAGAGGUGAAGAAGAAGGCUGGCUUUAUCACUCCAGUGCCAGGAGGGGUAGGACCCAUGACUGUUGCAAUGCUCCUGAGGAACACACUCCUAGUGGCUAAGAAGCUCAUUUACUAG